CUAUAUAUUCAAAUCAAAACACUCUCCCAUGACAAUGUAUUCAAGUGAAGGGGUUGCAGGACUAGUGUUCAUGGUGCUCUUAUUGCUAGCAAACAUCAACCUCAGCAUGCAAGCAUGCAAUUCCAGUGGAUUCCUGAAUGGCAAAUCAGGAAGUUGCAACACAGACUUAAACGCAGAGUGUUGCAAGUCCGGGGAGAAGUAUCCGCAAUUCAAAUGCUCUCCUCCGGUGACCGAUAAAACACGGGCAACCAUGACUAUCAAUAGCUUUGAUGAAGGUGGAGAUGGUGGAGGAGAGUCGGCUUGCGAUAGCCGAUUCCAUAGUGAUAAGGAAUUGGUUGUGGCACUUUCCUCCGGGUGGUUUGAUGAUGGUAGCCGGUGCAAUAAAAAGAUCAGGAUCAAUGCAAAGGGUAAGUCUGUAUUAGCAAAGGUAGUUGAUGAGUGUGAUUCUGUGAAUGGUUGUGAUGAAGAACAUGACUUUCAACCUCCUUGUCGUAACAAUAUUGUUGAUGCUUCACCGGCGGUGUGGAAGGCUUUAGGGAUCACCGGAGAAGAUGUUGGUGAAUUGGAUAUCACUUGGACUGAUGCUUGAAAUUGCAACUGUUUCCUGUCCUUAAUUUGAUCAAGUAAUAAGUUGUCAUCGACUAGCUCUAUUAAGUAUUUAAUGACUAUAUAUAAUGCAUGCCUCCUAUAUUUUUUCUUUGUC